UCUCACUUACGCACAAACUCUCUCUCUAAGCCAACUGGCAAAUUUGAUUGAUUCACAUAAGAAAAAAACAAGAGGGCGAAAGGAUUGAAGAAAGGACAAAAGUAGUCUAGGAUUUGAGUGUGAUUCGUUUGGCCUUACCCGCUCUACCCUCUUUCGAUUCUGUUUAUAUAGAAACAGCUUCAAGAGUUCGCAUGUAUGUGAAAAUCCAAGAGGAUAGAGAGCGAAAGAGAGAGCGUUUCUUACUUUCUUUUCAUCGUUCACAGCAAAUCCAUUUCCUUUCUAUCUUUGUUAGACAGAAGGAGGGUUGUCAAGAGAACACAUUUGUAGUUUGGUCGCAGAAAUAGUGUGUGACAAUGAAUGUAUCAGCUUCACAAUGUGGCAGUGGUUGUGAGUCUGGUUGGACUCUCUACUUAGAUCAAUCCUCUUACUCUCAAACUCGGUGUCAAAACUUUGGUGCGAACUUUGAUGAGGAUUAUGGAGGAAAAGGAACUAGAUUCGUGGUUGAAGAUGAGGAGGAGGAUUUAUCCAUGGUGUCUGAUGCAUCUUCUGGCCCAAGACAUUAUUGCGAAGAUUAUGAGGAAUGCCUUGAUAAAAAUGGGAGCUUCUCUUCUGCUCCUUCAGCUCCGGAACUAGCCAAGAAAAGCAGCAAAAACAAAAAGAAGAUCAAUGAACAUGAUAGCAAUCAACAGCAUUCUUAUCUUGAUGACACUGCCAGCUCCCCUGUAAUAAGCUUCCCCAAGAACUGCAAGAAAGAUUCUUCAAUGGAUGUCUUGGACUUUUCACAAGGCUUCUCGGGUACACAUUUUAAGGGAAAAUCAGCAUUCCAGAAAAAAUUUGGUUUCUUGAAAUCUGGGAAAGCAGGUUCAAAAGAUGCAGGUGGUUUCCAGGAAAGAAACUGGGAAUGACAAAAGGUUAAACUGUAACAGCUUUUGUCUCUACUGCUGCGGCUGCUUUGGAGAGAGAAAUGGAAGGAAUGUGUAAAAAGAAAAGAAAAAAAAAGGCAUUAGAUCUCAAAGGGAUCUUGUUCCUUCCUUUUUAUUCUUGUUUUUUUUUUCCAAUUCUACUUUUUAUUUGUUCCUGUCAAUGCAGUGGGAAACAACCUGAGAACAUUAAAAAUAAAUUAAAUUUCUCUGUCA